AUGCGCGUCAGUUAUCUUGCCUCCGCCUUCAUCGGCGUUGUCGUUUCGGCGCCCUUGACGCAAAACAUACACUGUCAGAACCCCGCUGUCCGCCAGGAGUGGCGCCUACUUCCCAAAGAAACACAGCAAAGCUACGUGGACGCCGUCAAAUGUCUCAAAACAAAGCCUUCCCGGAUCGGAAGGAACCUGACUACGACGUUGUACGACGACUUCCCCUAUAUCCAUGCUCACCUAGACACUUCAAUUCACUUCGUUGCCUCCUUCUUGCCGUGGCAUAGGUACUUCGUCCACGUGUACGAGAAGGCUCUUCAGGACUGCGGGUACAUCGGAGUCGCCCCCUACUGGGAUUGGACUCUUGACGUUGCCAACGUCUCCACCUCGACGAUCUGGGAUGCCGAGUCUGGCUUUGGCGGCAAUGGCCUCAGACCCUAUCCCAGUGGAUCAGACGCCGAACAGAAUUGUGUCCAGGACGGACCGUUCAAGGACCUCCGCGUCGAGUACAUGGCCCUCGGGGCCGAAGAACAUUGCCUCCGGCGCAACUUCAACAACGGAAGCGAGGAGAUCGGCGACAUGUUUGCGGGAGCUUACACGCCAGAGGCGGUUCAGGUGAUCAACAAUUUGACGGCUUACGACAACUUCCGCAUCGGUCUCGAAAACGGCCCCCACGGCGCUAUUCACAGCUCCAUUGGAGGAGACAUGUCACCCUCUACUUCACCGAAUGAUCCCAUCUUCUUCCUCCAUCACGGCCAGAUCGAUCGCUUGUGGACGCUUUGGCAAAACGAGCAGCUGGAGAACAGGACGCUUGACUAUAGCGGGAUCAGGACUCAGGACCAGUUCGAUGGCACGACACCUCCUGCGGCGUCUCUGGAGGACAUCAUGCCCAUGUACGGGCUGGCGGACGAUGUUGCCGUCAAGGAGUACAUGUCCGCCCAGAGCGGGCCCCUGUGCUACCGUUACUAG